AUGUUCUCUAAGCAACUCUUCGCCGCUGUCGUUCUCAGCACUGUUGUCCUUGCGAACCCGCUUGAGCCACGCGCCGCUACGAAUGUCUUCCCUACUCCCCCCACCACGGUUCACCUCAGUUCACCAAUGAGAAUCGCUGCCGGUCAGACCUUCACCCCCUCGCAGCCAUACACCCGCUACGACCGCGGAUCCGGUGCUUGCGGGGGACAAAACGAAGGAGGCGACGCCGAUGCUGUUUUCCUCUUGGAGGAAGGCGCCACCAUCAGUCGCGUCGUUAUUGGAAAAGAUCAGUCCGAGGGUAUCCAUUGUCUUGGAUCAUGCACAAUUGACCACGUAUUCUUCGAGGACGUUUGCGAAGAUGCUAUUACCAUCAAGCAAAGCAGUGGAACCAGCCACAUAAACUAUGGUGGUGCUAAACAUGCUGAAGACAAGGUUGUUCAACACAACGGUGGAGGAACUGUUAUCAUCAACUCGUUCUACGUUGAGGACUUCGGCAAACUUUACCGCAGCUGUGGUAACUGCAAGACGCAGUACAAACGCACUGCUCAGAUCAACGACGUAUGGGCUGUUAGUGGCAAGUCUUUGGCUGGAAUCAACACCAACUACGGAGAUACCGCGACCAUCCGCACUACUCAAGUACACAGCGUGAGCUCCAUUUGCGACAGGUACACCGGUAACAACAGUGGUGCCGAGCCCCCCAAGACUGGCUCAGGUCCCGAUGGCACCUACUGCAAAUACAGCACUUCCGACAUUACGACCAUUUGA